AUAAUUCUAAAUAAUGACACAUUUAAAGUGUUAAACAAAAAUCUAAAUCAAAGCAAAAAAAUUACAGAAUUAAUAAAACAAAUAGUCUAAAAGUAUUUGCAUACAAUAAUAAACUUAAAUAAUAUUGUAUCUGAUCCAGGGUGCGUAGUGUGAAAUGGAUGCAAAAAUUAAGCACCUUAGAGAAAUAUUAUCGAUUAGAGCUGCCUGGUGGAUAUUUCUCCCGAAAAAAUUUUCCAACAGUGUUUUGAUCCAGAUGGAAAUAUAGUAUCUGUAAGAUUCAGCUGUUAGAUGAAGGGACUUGCCUGGGAUAUGCCGAUGUUCUGAAAAAGAAGAGAUGUUAUUGAAAGUGUUAGAAUCUGUAGAACUAGUGGCGAUUUUAUCAUUCUGAGUUUUUCCAUGGAUAGGCCAAUUAUCCAGGAUAUAGAGCAACUGCAUUUUCUUUCGUCAUAUUAUUCUGAUACAAUGGAUGAACUUUCUAAAGAUCUAAGCAAUGCUUUAGAUGAAUCUUCUGAUCGUCGAACACAUGAGAGUAAAACAAGACGAAGUAAAGCAUGGAAAUGUCGCUCACAAAUAAAAUCUAAGAAUAGAUUUAUAUUAGGAAAUAGCAUUCCAAAAUCAAGUCCAAAAAGUGAAGAUUCUGAUUCCAGUCUCGAUGCCUGGAUUCAUGGACAGAUGGAUUUUUCUGUUAAUGAUUCUUAUCAUCAUACAGACUCUGAUGAUAGAGAUAAUAAUGUUAAUCAUGUUGAUUACCAUUUGACUUCAUGGAGACAUUGUUCACCUAAUUUAGUGGAAUCUGAUUCUGUGAAUGAAAAUCACUAUCCCUCUAAAGAACCUCGUAGGAAAAGAAAAUUUAAGCGAAUGACAGUUGAUCCUCCAUUUGUGACUGACCAUAACCCCUCCCCGAGUGCUGUUACAUUUACUCAGAAAAAUAAACGGUUGCGUAAUCUUAAAUCCCCAAAACUUCCCAAAAUUUCAGCUAAACUUUCCAAAAUAACUGUUUCUCAGUUAUCUUCUAAAAUGGAAAAUUUUUGUAUGGAGUUUGGGAAUGCAGCUACUUCUAGUGGCAAAAGGAAGCGAUGUGCUCAUGAAAGAAGUGUGGAAUGUAAUGGAUGUGGCUGUAAAGCCACUGUUUCGUCCAAAGAUAAUUCUGAGUUCUUAAAGAUUUCUUCUAAUCCAUUCCAUCGCCUGGGGCGUCGUAAUUCAAAAUCACAGGAAAUAAAUAGCAGUGGUUUAAGCAGCAGUGAAAGUGAAUGUGGAAUAUUGACAAAUGAUGAAGAUAGAGAAGCUGAUGAUGAGCAGAGUGAUUUCUUCCAAGAAUCUGGACCUGCAUGUGGCAUGCCAAACUUUUCUCCAUGGUGGGAAAAUGAUUGUGUAAUAUCGGAUGAUGAGGAUUUUUCUGCUGUAGAAUUUCCAAAGAUUUUAACUAAAAGUUUCUGUAAUAUCACAGUAAAGAAACCAUUCGUGGAACCUGAUGAAGGUAAACGGUUAGUUAGAGCAGGCAGAAGAAGAUUAGGAAACAAGAUAACUUGUGGUGCAGAUGAAGUAUUUUCAUAUUUACCUUUAUCGAAUGAGUACAGCUGCUUUCUUUCAUCUGGAGAUAAUUGCUUAACUAAAACGAUGCUUAAUGAAAAAAAGAAAAGGAAAGGAAUGCCUUCAGGUCAUGGUAAUGGAGAAUUUUCUUCUGCUGAAGCUAAUGUGGAUCUCCAUGUUUCAAAGAAAUCAAGCUGGAUACCAGCUAUGGAGUUGAGUAGAUAUGGAGAUGGAAUUUUGCCAUCCAGUAAAGUUCUUACUACUGGUGAAAAGCAGGAACUUAGCUUAGUGAAUAAUGGAAACAACUGCGUUCUUUCUACAACCGUUCCUCAUGGAAAUCCUUUUUAAUCUUCAUUGCCUUUGUUUAUCGAACAUUGUCUUUUACAAAACAUUAUUUAAUAAAUGUAAGCUUAUCUUUUGAA